GCAGAUUUGUAUCUGUAUAAAAGUAAACGGUAGUGUCCGCACAAGUUGACGGUUAUCAGCAGAAUGGCGAGCAAAAGGUGCCCCAAGAACAAAGCUGCCUUGCAUGGAAGCCACGUGUUCACUUUCCGUAAUAGUGACGCUGCUUCGAGCUCUGAGGUCGGUGGAUCAGAUCAAGGAGAAAAUACACGCUUUAUAGAGUUUGUAGAAUAUGACCACGCGCACUACGAUGGCUCCUACGAAGCAAUCAAGGCGUCUUAUGCAUUUCCUAAGGACAAGGAUGGCUGGAAGAAGGCGGCGCAAAAGAAGUUUCCUUGUACGAAGUGGAUUCCUUCGUAUCAGUGGCGUAGCUGGAUCGUAGUAGAUCUGAUUGCUGGUAUAACGUUGUCUGUCAUGAUGCUGCCUCAGGGAGUUGCGUUCGCGUCGCUGGCUGGAGUACCGCCUCAAUAUGGAUUGUACACGUGCGUGUUCCCUCCUUUAGUCUACGCAUUCCUGGGCACAUCCAGGGAGCUAUCCAUCGGUCCUUUCGGACUCACGUCACUUAUGGUUGGCCAGGGUGUAGCUGCAGCGCUAGACGGCGGAGUACCCGGAAGCGACGAGUUCAUAGCCUAUGCUGUCACAACGACCUUCGUAGUGGGACUGUAUCUAUUUAUAGCCGGCCUGCUCAAGUUGGGGUUUAUCACCAUAUACAUGAGUACCCCCGUAAUACGGUCUUUCACCACUGGAGCUGCCAUUGGUAUCGCCACGAGUCAGUUGAGCAGUUUGUUCCAGAUCAACACCCCGAACUAUGAUGAUCCCUUUGCUAAUCCACAGGAAUGGUGGUACAUCGUCACGCAUCUGGGCACUACGAAUGCAUGGUCUGUAGGUAUCGGAAUUGUUUCCAUGAUAUUCAUCUACAUCACUAAACUGUUGAAUGAAAAGUAUAAGACAAAGAUGAGGAAUAUCCCGAUACCCGGAGAGCUCAUAGUUGUCGUUGCUGCAAUUAUACUGUCGUAUAUUGCAGGACUGGACGAAAAGGGUGUGGCCGUGAUAGGAGAUAUUCCGCAAGGUUUGCCCGCACCCUCUCUGCCACCCUUCGGAUCGGUAGACAUAGUCAAAGUAGCUCAGCUUGCAAUGCCAGUUGCACUGGUAGACUAUAUGGUAUCUGUAGGUGUGGCUAAAAGUCUCGCAUUGAGAGGUCAAUAUAAAGCCAGCUCCAACCAGGAGUUCAUAGCACUGGGAGCGACCAAUAUCGUGGGAUCCUUCUUCGGGUGUAUUGCGGCAUCUGCCUCUCUAUCACGAACAUCUGUAGUCGCGUCUAUUGGAGCCAAAUCACAAUUGCCAAGCAUCGUUGCUGCCUUGAUUGUCAUAGUUGUUUUAUACUGUCUCACCAGUGUCUUCUUUUAUCUGCCAAAGAGUGUGCUAGCAGCCAUCAUCAUUGUUGGUUUGAGAGGAAUGUUCAAGCAGCACAGGGAUCUCAUCACCCUGUGGCGAUCGAGCAAAAGUGAAUGGCUUGUGUGGAUAUGUACAUAUUUGGCUACCAUUUUGCUGGGUAUCACAGUUGGUCUCAUAGUUGGGGUUGUAUUGGCGCUUUUGGUAGUUGUAUACUGGAUUUCUCGGCCACGUGUAUCGCAGCUGGGGUACCACAAGCAAUCGGGAAUGUACCGUGACUUACAUCGAACUCAGUGCGACACAAUUGACAAGUGUUUGGUAUGGAGGUUCAGCGCGUCGUUAUGGUACUGCAACGCCGACCACUUUCAGAACAGACUGAUCAAGCAAUUCAAUGCAAUGGAUGGUAUAACGGAUGUUGUUAUCGACAUGAAUCCAGUCAACAAUAUGGAUCUACAGGGAGGGCUGACCAUUUGUACAAUGCACAAGUAUCUUGAGGCGCGCAAGUGCAGAUUACUGCUCGCAGGAUGCAAAGGUCCUACGCGCGAUGUACUGAAUAAGGCUGGUUACUUUGCGCUCAUUGGCAACUCACAGAGGGUGUUCAGCGCCGUGCAUGACGCUGUCAUGUAUCACAACGAAACGGAAGAGUACAGUCGUGACAAUGCUAUUGGAGCCCCCUUGACUGUGAGUCAGGUGCUGGAUAUGGGCGAGAACUAUGGAACACAUAACUACCCAAGCGCUGCAAACAGCAAUGGCAGCAUUCACAGCGCACCGUUAAACGAGUACGAUAACGGCGAAUGUGAUGUAGGCGAUGCCUUUGUCAACAUCGAUCUCAAUAAGGAUGAACUGGAGACUGUUUCACUACCAAUAGGAAAAGGCAAGGCAGCAGCAAGCGGGAGAAGGUCGUCAAACAUGUUUUCAACAAACGCGGACACCGGAGAUAAGUUCAAGAGUACCGAUCCCAACACUACUGCCGACGAUGGCGAGUCUGCGUUUGGACUCACAUUGGGCGGAUCUCAGGCCAGUACCACUAUCAGAUCCACUCACAGCACUCCGUACAUAAACUCGAAAGCACAUGACACAGCUGGGAGAAGCUUGGGGAGUUCUGAUGGUAGUGACUCUGAUAGAAAUGCGAUUGUAAUACCCGAUGAUGUGAUUAAGCGGACGAAAAACUGAGUUCUUGCAUAGACAUUAAACAUAGGCAGAGUUGUGUAAAUGUGAUCGUAUCGGUGCCUCUGUUUAGGACCGCAACACGUGCACGAAAGUGUACGUUCAAGUAGAAAUGCGGGAGCGGUUUCUCGUAAGCAAAUACUGCAUUGCCGAACAGAAUCAACGGAGUUUUAAUGCAUAUCAGCAUUCGUCCUGGGACAUAACUGCGAAAGCAUAUGCAAACUAGCACGUUUCACCGGACCAUGGCUUCGUGAGACGAAACUUGCAUUCACGAUAUAUAACUAUGACGUGGAGCAAAAACGCCGUUGGUGAAUAACUUUCCUCGAAGCCAUCUAGUUAAUGGAUGUUUAGUGCACUCUGAAGGUAAUUGCGAAGUGUAUGAAGUGGGAACUGCAUAGUCACCGCAGCUACGUGAUGCAUUCUAACGAUAUGGAUACACCCAGACAGAGGCGUGUACAAUGGACCUCAAUUUUAUGUAACGAGAUCGAUUUGGGCGAGUGGCAACCCUUGCGCGAUACACUGCUGUGCCGGUUACACCUCAAGAUUGUCCAAGCACGUUACGUGAAAGUAAAUUCGUUAAUUCGUUAACCUUGAGGAGUGCAUUACUCUUCAAAAGACAUGAAACUAAAAACACUUUUGUGACUAUUCUCGUUAAGUUCUGUGAGCGAGAAAAUGAGAGUGGCACGUAUUGCAUUGAUUUUGUCUGUGUAUGUAAUACAACUAAUUUCGAAGUCAGAAAUUUGCAACACAAUCUCGUUCUGGCCGAAUUUGUAUAGAAAUAUAUUUAAUUUUGCUGGCAUGUUUAAUAGAUGCGUGUACUUUGUGAAGACUUGCAGUAAAUAGAGCAGUUAAAAGUAAUAAAGGUGAACAAUGACCAGUCGAAGAUAUCAACGAU